AUGGUUUUGGGAGGCAUUCGUUACAGUACAGAAGUGAGUGUUGAUGAAGUGAAAGCUCUGGCUUCUCUAAUGACAUACAAAUGUGCAGUGGUUGAUGUGCCGUUUGGUGGUGCAAAGGCUGGUGUUAAGAUCAGUCCUAGAAAUUAUACAGAUAAUGAAUUGGAAAAAAUUACAAGACGGUUUACCACAGAACUAGCAAAUAAAGGCUUUAGGCCUGGUGUUGAUAUGCCUGCUCCUGAUAUGAGCACAGGUGAAAGGGAGAUGUCAUGGAUUGCAGACACCUAUGCCAAUACCAUUGGACACUAUGAUAUUAAUGUCCAUGCCUGUGUCAUAGGAAAGCCAAUCAGCCAGGGUGGUAUACAUGGUCGUAUCUCUGUUACAGGCCGUGGGGUCUUCCAUGGAAUUGAGAACUUCAUGAAUGAAGCAUCAUCUAUGAGCCUCUUGGGAAUGACUCCAGGAUUUGGGGAUAAGACAUUUGCAAUCCAGGGAUUUGGCAAUGUAGGUCUUCAUUCUAUGAGAUACCUUCACCGCUAUGGUGCAAAAUGUGUUGCCAUUGGCGAAAAGGAUGGUGCUAUCUGGAAUCCUGAUGGACUUGAUCCCAAAAAGCUGGAAGACUACAAAUUACAACAUGAGUCAAUUCUCACCUAC